GUGUGUAGCUCCCGCCUGGGUGGAGAGACACAGAGGCGUUCCCCGGCGCUUUCCCCGCUGAAUGGGAAGCGGCUGUGAGCCGCUGCUCCGGCCAUGAUCGCACAGGACCACCCGAUCCUGACGAUCCUAUUGUCCGCCCUGGCUUUCCAGAGCCUCCGGCUCGUCCUGCGGGCGCGGAGCGGCUUCCUCCUCCCGAAACAGGUCGAGGGCAACAAGACCAAGUCAUGGAGAUGGACCAACCUCAGCGUCUCCCUGGUGCACUCGGCGAUCACAGGACCGUGGGCUUUGUUGUGCGUAUACAACUCUCCUGAAAUGUUAACUGAAUUAUUAACGUUCCACAGUUCCUUUUCAUACUUGCUGAUCUGUGUUUCCACGGGCUAUUUUGUCCAAGAUGUGGCUGAUAUCAUCAUGAAUGGCCAGUCUAAAGCAUCAUGGGAGUUCCUGUUACACCAUAUGUUGGUAAUUUCCACAUUCCUGUAUAUUGUGCUGACCCAUAAUUAUGUUGCUGGUGCCGUUGUUGCACUGUUCGUUGAGAUAAACAGCAUCUUCCUCCAUACCCGACUGCUUCUGAAGCUGGCGAAUGCACAGACCUCGCAGCUGUACCACUACAACAAGUACAUCAAUGUCUUCACCUAUAUUAUUUUCCGGCUGAUUGCUCAGUUUUACCUCACUUGGUUCAUGCUGACGAAUUUUAACAUCCUUCCAAACUCGGGCUACAUUAACCUGAACUUGAACGCAAUGAACAUCAUGAUCUUGGUUUAUUUCUACCGUCUGAUCCGCACAGAUUUUUUCAGGAAGCCGAAGCACUACUUACAGAAUGGCAACAACAACACAAAGUUUGUGGAUGAUUAAAAGUCUCCUGCUUUUGAAAAUUAUGGUUUGAAAUGGAGACAGAUUUAUUGAAUUAAUUUAAAGCUGGACUAAAUAAAAGAAGCAGAAUACCUUACAUUUUAACUGUUUAACUGCUGUCUGUCCAAGAUUGUAUUUCUAAUGUAAUAUAUGUAAUGGGAUAAGACUUUGGGCUGCUAAGGAAGGAAACUGACAGAGCCAGUACACGUGCGUGUUAGCUUUAUUAGUCAAAAUGGCUAGAUUGGAUAGGACAAGAAUUGUAACAAAAAAAAUUGUGGUGUAAUUGUAGGGAUUAAAAACCGUGUACAAGUUUUUUUUAAUUUAUUGUAAUACAGGAAAUAAAAGAAACAAGUGUAUAAUACUGUUAAGGAGCCUUGACCGAGCUCCAUCAAACACUAAGCAUUAUUAUCCAGAGAAUGGAUGAGCAAUAUGAAUGAGGAAGAUUCAUGUUUGAUGCCCAGUCUAAUCGCUGGUGUGGCAGUGUUGUGGUAAUCGAGGUAGUCGCAGCGCUUCAGGGUUAUGGAGCUGAUAAAGAACUGAGGUUCCUGCCUUGACUAAACCAACCCGGCAGUCUCUUCUGAAAGUUCAGAUGUGAGGGUGACCAGAUAUCGGGAAGAUUGUUGGACUUGGCUGCGGCAAAUAAUCUGUCAAUACCAUGGACUCUGUAGUUGUGGAGUUUUGGCUUACGUGUGUUUAGUGAGAUAGGAAUUAUCAUGAGGAUGUGCCUCUGGUACUCGCCAGUUUUCCAGAACCUGGUUAUUCUGUGUAACUGUGGGCAGGCCUCAGCCAGGGAAACUGCCUGGAACAGAUGUGGGAAACAUGCACAGCUAACCAUUAAAGCCUUUUACUGUUUGCAGCAUCCUUCAUGACAUCUUAAAGUACUUAAAUAGUUGUAAACUGUACUUUCUUUUGAAAGUACCUUCAGCUUUGCAACCAAUUGAGCUACCCAGAGAGUGAAAUAGUGUCUCUGUCAUCCACAGCAAUGUCAGAUACAGGGACAAGGAAACCCCUUGUCACAUGCUUGCUAACACUGCACAUGCUGGAUGCUGGGAAAUUCAUCAUAUGGUGUAUUCAUAUCUAAGGAUAAUAUUAAUUGCCCAGCCUAUAGGCCUAAGGUUCCUCAAACAAAUGCUAGAGCUGGAGAGAAGUUCCAGAAGAGGUUUUUUUUUGCCUCAGUCAGCUGAAGUAGGACUGACUCCAUAAUGUAAUCUCAGUCGAAAAUCUCACUAUCCAAAUUCAUGCAUAAUUUCUGGCUACUUGGAUGAGGUACAUAGGACAUCUGACAUGUUCACACUAUACAAUGCCAAAAAAAAAGCUGGUCUUUAGUUAUGCUACAAUAGUCAUUGUCCUCGACUCCAUAGCAUUAUGUUUGUCUUAAGUAAUUUGUGUUGAAUUGAAUUUGUACAAUAAAACUUUCCUGUAUAAUUGAUGCAAAAUGAAUUUAAUUCUCUUUGCGUUUCUUUAAAAGAACUUGCAAGGGAGAACGGCAAGAAAUGUGUGUUUAUAGUGAUAGCGCAGCUCAUAUGUGAAAAGGUUGCAAUUCACUAUCUACACACAAUGGAAACAGCAGUUAUGUGUAGCCAUCCUCCCUGAUGUCUUUAAAGGCAGUUUCUACUGUCUUGCAAGGAGAUUGCGGAGGUAAUGUGAUAUGUUUAAUAUGUUAGCAUUACCUGUUUGCAUACCAGUGCCACUGCUUUGAUUAAGCGCACUAUAAUGCUGAAAUACAAUUUUACUAAACUUUUUCACUAUAUCUAUAUUUGCAAGUAAAACAGGUGGAAAGAAUUUAUAUCUUGCUUUUAUCAAAUUCUCCAAGUAUGUUUAUUCAAAGUUUUAGAGGGUCUGCAUUUCACCUUCCUUCCUUUUACUGUUCCAAAACUUGCUCAACAGGAAAUUGUAUCUUGUAAGUCCAACAUUCCUAAAACGAUGUGGUCACAAAUGAACAUCAGAUGGCUAAAAGCAAAGACAAAUACAAGGAGAGGAGUUGGCAUUAACUCUUUCCUGUGUGAUUUGUAGCAUUAUUGGAAUAACUCAGACAUUGGUAACCUAGGUGUCUUGACUUGGUCAAACAGCUCUGGCUUUAUUUUUAAGUCAUUCCAGAGCUUUUGUGGACUAUACGCAGUCCAAAUUAUUUCUCUAACUUGUAUUAAUAUUAAAUGCAAGACUUUAUAAUGUCUGUCAAUAGUGUUGCCCCAACAUCUGCCCAUGUGUGAACCCUGCUAAUUAAGGGAAUGGUAUCACUAUUUUUAUAUGUCAUUUCUCUUGAAUUUUGUAGAAUUAAAUUAAGCAUUUCAGUCACUGUUUGCUGUUAUUUUACUAACAGUACUUUCUAGAAACGUCCAAUUGCAGCACUGCAGUCCUCUCAGAUGAAACUUGUCUUAUAUAGUUUUCUAUAGCUUUGCCAAAAGAUGGUAAUAGUUAUUAAUGAAUAAAAUUAUUUCUUUAAUGGUGGUAUAUGACACUGAUGACUUCUUAUGAAGUACUGAUACAACUCAAUGCAUAUGUUAACAGUUAGAUUGACAAGGUGAAUGAUCAAUAUUUAUGACACCUGAAAGCCUAGCUAGUAUGACAAUGUGCAUUUUUGUUUGUGAUUUCUUCGUUAUCAGGCAACUGGUGCAAAACCUUCUGCGAAUAACAUAGCAUUCAAUACAGUAAGCUUAUUCUGUUUCAAAAGGAAAGUUGUAGAGUUGGUCUAGAAUAUUAAAAAACCGAGUAUGAAUGGGAUGAGUUACUCUGGGUGACACUAUCGUUAACAGAAUAUUGAAUAUCUAAGGAGAAUCCACUGUGUUAUCAUUAAAUGUAGCUUGCUAGGGAGGGGUAAAUAUCCGCUGCCAGGGAGGGGUAAAUGUAACUACUACAUCAUUCUUAAACCAACUGGGAUGAUAGGCAGAUACUGGUCUAGUAAGGAACUGCCUGAACUAGUUUGGUGAAAUGUAUGUUCUUUUCGUUAAAGUUAUUGGUGCUGCUAAUAAUGUUUGUUGCCUUGUAUAAAAGGAGAAUAAAAUGUAGAGUUUUCUAUGUUUUUCAGAAUCUUUGACAAAUAAAAUUACAUUCUGUGAA